UCAGCCCCUGCCUGGUGACCCCUGAGUGAGGAGAGGAGGUGGCUCCUCCUCAGUCAGUCAGUCGGUCGGUGCAAAGUGAUUCCCCCUCCGCAGCCGCUUCUCUUCUUCGCCCUCCCGGCCGUGCCUACGACUCCUUUCUCCUCCUCUAGUACGCAAGCUCUUUUCCCACUUGCCCCGCCAGCGAGGAGGCGAAGUGGCCGCGGGCUGGCGGCUGGGCCGGGCCCGUGAGUGACAGAGAGAGAGAGAGAGAGAGAGAGAGAGAGAGAGAGAGAGACGGGAAGACAGACAGGCUCAUGCCGCUGCAGAAUAAAUUUGCAGAUUUUGAAUCCAAAACAAAAAUCAAGAGGCAAAGAUGUAAUGGAAGAACCCAGUAUCCAGGUGACAAACUUCAAUCCUGGUUUUUUAUGCUUUCACACUAUUUUGAAAGCAGUUCGCUUGACACAUUAUACCUGCCAACAAGGUUAUGUAUAAUGAAGAUGGGAAAUACAACUAACAAAAAGUGACCUCUGCUUAUAAGUUGCAGGUGACCUGUGAGACCUCAUGAUCCUUCUUUAGGAGGCAGAUUCUGCGAGGAUGUUACAUCAUCACUGCCGGAGGAACCCCGAGCUACAGGAAGAAUUGCAGAUUCAGGCUGCGGUGGCUGCUGGAGAUGUUCACACUGUGCGCAAGAUGCUAGAGCAGGGCUAUUCUCCAAAUGGUCGAGAUGCCAAUGGCUGGACCUUGCUCCAUUUCUCAGCAGCAAGAGGAAAAGAAAGAUGUGUCCGUGUAUUCCUCGAACAUGGAGCUGAUCCCACAGUGAAAGACUUAAUUGGAGGCUUCACUGCUCUACAUUAUGCAGCUAUGCACGGCCGAGCUCGGAUUGCACGCCUAAUGCUGGAAUCAGACUACCGCGUUGAUAUCAUUAAUGCAAAAAGUAAUGAUGGCUGGACUCCUCUGCAUGUGGCUGCUCACUACGGCAGAGACUCGUUUGUCCGUCUCCUGCUGGAAUUCAAGGCUGAGGUUGAUCCACUCAGUGACAAAGGUACUACACCACUUCAACUGGCUAUUAUCCGCGAAAGGUCCAGCUGUGUCAAAAUACUCCUAGAUCACAAUGCCAACAUUGACAUUCAGAACGGCUUCCUGUUGCGCUAUGCUGUGAUCAAAAGCAAUCAUUCUUAUUGCCGGAUGUUCCUUCAGAGAGGGGCUGAUACAAACUUGGGGCGCUUAGAAGACGGGCAGACACCAUUGCACUUGUCUGCUCUUAGGGAUGAUGUACUCUGUGCACAGAUGUUAUACAACUAUGGUGCAGACACUAAUACAAAGAACUAUGAAGGACAGACUCCGCUGGCAGUUUCACUAAGUAUUUCUGGAAGUAGCCGACCUUGUUUGGAUUUCCUACAGGAAGUAACAAGGCAGCCACGGAAUUUACAAGAUCUAUGCCGAAUUAAAAUCCGCCAGUGUAUAGGCCUUCAAAACCUCAAACUACUUGAUGAACUACCAAUUGCCAAGGUUAUGAAAGACUACUUAAAACACAAAUUUGACGAUAUCUGACAUUUUUGCAAAAACGUUGGACGAUAAGCAAGAUUAGUUUAUAUUCCAGAUACCUUUCAAAGGCUGGUCACCUUGCACAACGUAUAUCCUAUGCAAUUUCUGAUUUUUUUGUUUUCCCCGAGAAGUCAGAAGGCAGGUAUACAAUUUCUUUGGGAGGGGGGUGUUUUAUACCAAAUGCUAGAAGGUCUUACUUUUUAUUAUUUCUUGGUCCAAGUUUACAAGAUCCAAGCUCUCUAUACAACUUUACGAUUGUAGUUUGGUUUCCCCAAACCCCCUCCACAGGGGUGAGUAUCUUAUUCUUUUAUUUUUAAAACACUUAAACUUGCAGCUUUGAAAUAAAGACAGAAUGUUAGUUGUUCAAAGGGAUCCUUCCCCUACCCCAAUGUAGCAUGUGUAAUACUGUGAGAUGGCUGAGUGAAUGCUAAACAAAGUAAAGGUGGGAGACUUAAGGGAGUAAUCCACAACACACUGCUGUUGUAUAGUCUCUGUUCCAUGGGGAAUCCCAGGCAGGACCCUCUGAAAUGAAGGAUCUACAUAGCAGCAGUGCUUACUGGAUUAAGCCCACUAGCAUUGCUCCCGUGCCAAGGACCAAUAUGGGUAUCCGCUUAUUCCUCAUAAGGAGUCCUGACAGUUGAUUGGAUUCCAUAUGGUCACUAUUUUCUACCCAUAAGGUGCUUUUCUCAGAAUCAUGGCUCAGGCUUGUAACUAGAGUGUUCAGAGUUUACUAUAAACACGAUAGCUCUUUGGAAACAUUGCCACCUUCAUUGUUUUUUUUUCUUCCUUUUUCUUAAAAAAAAAUACAAGUUGGAUCUUUAACAUAAUAAUUGUAGUUCCGAUGUCCAUAUGUCUUAUCCUUCCUUUGAUGCCAGUAUGUUCACUGCUGUUUGUAAUUAGGUUUUACACUGCUCAGAUGCCUCUGUGGUCUCUCUAUUUCUUUUUUUAUAAAAAACAUUAACGGAAAACUAAUCUAAUUUCAAAGCUGAUGCAUCCUGUUUCUCAUAUGCAAUAAUUUUUUCCCCGAUUUAUAUUUUCUCCAUCACACAUGUGACUCACACACAUUCCUACCCUGGUCUCAAUAUGAUGUUCGUUACUUAUUGGAAUUGCUGCUUGCUUAUUGGGAUAUAUAUAGAUAUUUUUGUUACCCCUCCCAAAUUUCAAAGGCAUCUAGUUUGGACUGUUGUGGCUCACUUCUGAGCUCGCUUCUUCCUCCCCACCCCUCACCCCCAUGCAAGAGGCUAAUCUGUGGUAUUCUUAAAACCAGAAUCUGGCCUAGCAAUUGGGUUUCCAUAUUUUUAAAAGGGCUCCAUAGCCUGGAACCUGUUGUGUUUUCAGCUUGCUUGAUGUUAAUUAGGACUUUGGGCUGAUUCACCAAACCCUUAAUUGGUUCUUAUGGGCUGUGAUGUAAAUACAGCAUCUCAAAAUACCUUUGCUGACAGGCAGAUCUGUGUAAAAUUUACCAUAAAUCUGUAGGUCACAGGUCUAAAGGGGAACCUUGUGUGAACGAUUAAGUUCCAUAAGUAUGUUGAAGCAUAAAUAAUUGGCCAUACCCAUAGAAAACUUAGCCGCAGCACCUGGACCUUUUUAUUUUGAAGAUUCUAUAUAUAACUCCACUGUAAUGAGACUUUCUCACUAGGAAGAUGAUAAGCUUCUGAGCACAAAUCUAAAUCUGCAAGAACCCAGCCUGUGCUUUUUAGGCUGAAACUGGCACAUGUUUAAUUAUGGCACAGGUUACUAGUGAUACCGUGGGUAAAGCCUGCAGUUUGAUAGGAGUUGAGAUUACAAAGGAAAUGAGUUUAUAAAAGUUAUCCUCUAUAUGUCAGUGGCUUUAGCAUCCUGAGAUUUGAGAUUCCAUCUGAGAUUCAACAUAGAUUGCACUUGGGGAACAUUAUUAGUUCUCUCUGCAGUUUGCAAUCACUUUCCCACCACUCAUUUCUUGAAGGGGAACAGAAGUCAGUAAUUUAGGAUCAAUAGAGCUAUGUAAUCGAUGGUAUAUGACUGCAGCAUUAAUUUCCAUUCUCAUAAGCAUCAAUCCUGUUGUUGUCAAUCAAUUACAAGGAACUAAGGUAGUAAAGGACAACUUUUUGCUCAGCAAGCACUGACUUAGAGUACAAGGUAUUUCCUCCCAACACACAUACAUCCCCCCUCCCUUAUCAAGAUUCUACUUGAGAGGAAUAUAUGUGUUUG